CUGCUGGUAAAGUCACAGUGAUAUCCUGAAUUCCUGAUUAGAGAUCUUACAAAGAAUAUGGCACAGGCUGUGGUCCCCACCACGCUGCUCCUCUCCGUGCUCCUCACUGGCCACAUUCUAGCAUUUGAUCGGAUACCUCCUGGGCAGAAAUAUGAAGUGGUCUUUCCCAAGAAACUUCACUUUCAGCAGAAAAGAGACACUCAGAGCAAAUAUCCAAGCACAGUCCAUUAUGAGGUACAGCUGGAAGGAGAACCGCUGGUGUUAAAGCUGGAGAAGACAGAAGAUCUUAUAUCAGAACAUUACACAGAGACUCAGUACCUGCCAGACGGGACACCUAUAGAAACCAGCCCAGAGAUCCAGGAUCACUGCUACUAUCAGGGAGGUGUGGAGAACGACAGCAGCUCGUUACUCAGCAUUAGCGCAUGCAGUGGGUUGAGUGGGAUCAUCCAAACUCGAGGCCGCAGGUACUUGAUCGAACCCCUGAAGCAAACAGACAGCGAGGAGCAUGCAGUGUUUCCAUACCAGGCUCAGGAGUCUACUCCAGUGACUUGCGGUGUGACCAAUACCACCUAUAUGGAGGGAAAUUUCAGCAAGACAUCUCUUGCCACCAGCAAUGCCGAGAAAGUGGAAUUUUUAAAAUCAAAGAAAUAUAUUGAGCUGUACAUGGUAGCGGAUAAGUCCAUGUUUAACAAAUAUGGGCGCAGCACUGAAAAUGUUAAAAGAAGGAUAUUCGAGAUUGUUAAUUUUGUCAAUGUGGUGUACAAACAAAUUAAUAUUUUUGUGGCUCUGACGGGGAUCGAAGUCUGGGACAAAAGUGAUGGAUUUACAGUGGUCAGCUCUGCCGAUGAGGAUUUGAAGCUGUUCUCUGAUUGGAGGACAAAGAACCUUCUGCCUAGAAAAGCACAUGACAACGCUCAGUUCAUCACGCACAUUGACUUUGAUGGUUCUACGGUGGGUCUGGCAUAUGUCGGUACAAUGUGUAGUUCCACCAGUUCUACUGGAGUUAUCCAGGAUCACAGCCAACAGUCUAUUGCUAUAGGAGCCACUGUAGCACAUGAGAUGGGACACAACCUGGGAAUAAAUCACGAUGAAGCUCACUGCACUUGCUCCACUGGGUCCUGUAUCAUGGAGCCGGCUCUCAGUUUUAACACCCCACGCGAAUUCAGCCUUUGCAGUCACCAGAACUACCAGGAUUUCAUUUUACAAAAAAUGCCGCUGUGUAUGAAGGAUGUGCCAAAGAAAACAGAGAUCCAGACCCCCCCUGUGUGUGGGAAUAAAUUCACCGAGCUGGGAGAGGAAUGUGAUUGUGGAUCAAUUUCGGAAUGCACUAAUCCAUGCUGUAAUGCCACCACCUGCAAACUAAAGGCGGGGGCUCAGUGCGCUGAGGGGCAAUGCUGCGACAGCUGUAAGUGGACAAAAGCAGGGACGGUGUGCAGAUCCAAAAGACACGAUUGUGACCUGGCAGAAAUGUGUGAUGGGCAGUCCGCCGAAUGUCCCUCUGACCGCUUCCGAGUCAAUGGCUUCCCCUGUAGGAAUGGAGAAGGCUACUGCUAUAAUGGGUUGUGUCCAACUCUGCAGGGCCUGUGUUCUGCACUCUGGGGGCCAAGCUCAGUUGUUGCAGACGAUUCAUGCUUUAAUUACAAUCUAAGGGGCGCUAACAAUGGGUACUGCCAGGAUUCCAAGGGCAACCAAGUCCCGUGUAAGCAAAGUGAUGUCAAGUGUGGGGUGCUAUACUGCUCUGGAGGCUACUCAACACCCAAUUUGGGUGGCUAUUAUAUACGUGGGGAAUGCAAAACUACGUUGUAUCCAACAUUUUUAGUUGAGAAUGGGACAAAGUGCGGAGACAACAUGGUGUGCUUCAUGGGAGAAUGUACAAGCAUCCAGACAGCUUUUGGGCCAUCAGACUGUGAUGCCAAAUGCCCAGAACAUGCGGUCUGCGAUCAUGAGAAUCAGUGUCGUUGUGAGGAAGGCUGGGCUCCCCCAGACUGUGCAAAUUUCACGGGGACCAAUACGAUCAUUGUUGUGGUGGCCAUUAUCUGCGUGAUCGUUCUUUUCAUCCUGCUAUUUGUAUGGUUCAAAUGGUCCUCCCGACGAAAACAGAGAACGUCUCGUACUAGAGUCACUGGAGCUGUAAAUCCUGCAUUCAAUGUUAGGGAGAAACCAUGGGGACCAGCUGGAUCCAACGCAGCCACUCCACAGCUAGAUUCCAGAUUUCCCCACAACCCACCGAAACCUCCAGCACAGUCUCAAAAACCUUUGGCCACACAUCCACCAACAGGCAGGUCCUGGCCUCAGACCCAAGUGGGCUAUCCUGUGAGACCUGUCAAUGCUCCACCACCUUUACCCACGACCAAGCCAGUGUAUCCCAGGGCCCCACCUCAGGCAUGGACGCCCAACUACAGGAAUUAAGAUGGAACACUGAAAGACAAGGAAGGGCGGCUAACUGAAAGGCUUAUUGUAAAACAUAGCCAUGGAGUCUAAGACCAAUGGAAGUGGUGUUUCAGCCAUUGGUAUUCAGUGUGUACAUGCUUUUGGACAUGACUGGCAAUCUCCCUGGUGUAAACACCCCCUGUUGUAAACAUCCUGCGAUUUGAUCCCCCUGCUGGUCAUUACUCUCACCACUGCUGCUUGCCUAUAUUUCUAUCCUUCUAGGCCCAGCGGCUCUAGAAAGAUAGAACUAUAGGCAUAGUCUUUGCAUAAAACUGGGCAUGUAAAGCAGCACAGUUGGGUGUGUGGCUCAUAUGCAUUAUAAGUUGUUAUACACCCUUUGUUCAUACUUAUUCCUAUGCAGCUUCUCCUUGAACCAGUGGAAGACAAAAGAGUGUUCACUUUCUGUAAAUGUUCAUGCAAUGGAACAAAUAUAUUUUGUUUAAUUAA